GCCUCUCCUCACACCCCACAACCCCAAAAGACCCCAUCUCUCUUCCUCUCUUCUUCUUUAGAGCAUAGGUUAGGGAAGAAAUCAAUGGCUGCUAGGGGUGCAAUUGGUAUUGUGUCUGUAGUACUGUUUCUGACUUUUGCUGAUGCAAGAAUUCCUGGUGUUUACACUGGUGGAUCCUGGCAGAGCGCCCAUGCUACUUUCUAUGGUGGCAGUGAUGCUUCUGGGACAAUGGGUGGUGCUUGUGGGUAUGGAAAUCUGUACAGCCAAGGCUAUGGGGUUAACACUGCAGCACUAAGCACAGCCCUGUUCAACAAUGGACUUAGUUGUGGUGCCUGUUUCGAAAUCAAGUGCGCUAAUGAACCACAAUGGUGCCACUCCGGCAGCCCAUCAAUCUUAAUCACAGCUACCAACUUUUGCCCUCCUAACUAUGCUCUGCCUAAUGACAAUGGCGGGUGGUGCAACCCUCCUCGCCCUCACUUCGAUCUUGCCAUGCCCAUGUUUCUCAAGAUAGCCGAGUACAGUGCCGGAAUCGUCCCCGUUGCUUAUCGCCGGGUGCCAUGCAGAAAGCAAGGAGGAAUCAGGUUCACGAUCAACGGUUUCAGUUAUUUCAACCUGGUAUUGAUCACCAACGUCGCAGGUGCAGGAGAUAUCGUGAAGGCGAGCGUGAAGGGCGCAAAUACUGGAUGGAUGACGAUGAGCCGUAACUGGGGUCAAAACUGGCAAUCAAAUGCUAUUUUAGUUGGUCAGUCACUCUCUUUCAGGGUCACAGCCAGUGACAGACGUACCUCCACCUCUUGGAAUAUUGUCCCUUCACAUUGGCAGUUUGGUCAAACUUUCACUGGAAAGAAUUUCAGGGUCUAAUUUUCCCUCUUAAUUUUUGGGUUUUUCCCUCCGUUUCUGGGAAAUGUUGAAAUGGGAAAAAUGCGUUGGUGAGCUUCUUUUAAAGAGGGUUUUUUUUUUUUUUUUAAUUUUUUUUGGGGGCAAAAGGUGAAAAAGUUCAUGUAAGGGAUGAGCUGAGGAGGCUGCACAGUCAAAUAGCCCGCAGCUUUUGUUUACCAUAAUGUUAUAAUAUAAUAUAUAUUUUAAUGGUACUAUUUUGUGUAAA